GCAGACCAGGCAAUGGAAGUGAUUCCAGUACUGAACUUGCUUAUAUUUACUGGGAUAUAUCUCAUCAUUAGUUCUAACAUGGCUGAGGCUGUAGAGUGCUACAUAUGCAGUUGGAACCCAUCAGAUUACAAGAACGGCAACAAGGACGAUAACCAUGACUAUGGUGAUGUCUGCUCUGUGGGCCACUUCGACCCACAAAGAGUUCGGACACAUAAGUGUAGCAGAGGUUGUGAGAUAGUCAGCAUGAAGGACCCCAAUGGGGUUCUAGAAAUGUACUACAGAAAUUGUGUCACCAACAAGGAGAUCACCUACGCUUAUAUUAAGAAGAAGUCAAAAAUAAAUGAUGAAGAAGUCUACACAUGUGACUUUGAUUUGUGCAAUACAGCUAAUACAGGGAGAUGCUUACACCUAUUUUUGUUAGUAGUUUCAAUGUUGGUAUUGCCAGUUCACUGGUUGUUCAUGUAAAAUACUAUCCUCAAUGCAAAGUAUGAGAGUACAAAUCCCAAGUCCCUACUUUUCAAUGUACUGUACAAAAGCUGGUAAUCAGGGGUCAAAUUAAGAAAUAGGUUAUGUUUGUGCAGGCUUAUGAAGCCACUGUCUAUUUUUGACUUUUUGAUUUGUUAAGCUAUUUUGUCGCACUCAUCACUGACAUUCUAUCUAUGGCCUUCUUCAGCACUACCAUUCCAUAGCAUAACAAAAACAUGAAUGUUGCUUUUUACCUUCCAAAAGACCAUAAAGAAUGUUCUUCAGCUGGUACUAUGAAGAUCAAAUUGAAUUAAAAACUGUGAAGAGAAAGAACCACAUAAGAGGGAAUGGUUUUAUAGAAGUAAAUGUUAGAACUGCCUAGCUUUUCAAGGUGAAAAAUGUAUUUCUCACUUCAGAAUGAACCUGAAAGAUUUCCUGUAAUAAGAAAGUUAGGAAAUGUUAUACUAAUUAAAUAUUAGCUGUGUAAAUAAAUACUUCAUUUAGGGUGGCAGUGUUACUGCCAAAAAGACUAGUGAUGUGUAUGUGAAGUACUGAGUACAGAUAUAAGAAGCUGUAAGUUUCUCAGCAAAGAGGAAGGAUGAGAGAAGAAUCAGAGUACUUAAUAAGAAUAAGGACAAGUGAAAACAACACUAAACAUAUCACAUAUUUCCAGCAAACCCUUCACUGAGAAACUGACAUGACAUGAGUAUUUCUUGCUGCAGUCAUUCACUGCCAAUUUCUCUGAUUAAAUUAUGCAGCAAGUUCUAUUCCUGUCCUUAUUCUGUUAAGUGCUUUAAAGUCAUAAUUUUUAAAUCUGUCUUGUUCUUAUUUUUCACUAGAUGCAAUCAUUUCUAAUCAAAACAAAAAUUACAGACUUUUCAAAGUAGUGCAAUGCCCCCAAAACAAAAAGAUCUAACAAUCAAACACCCAGAACCACAAAUAACAAAAUUAAAUACAUGAUAUGCUGACCAGAUGAUGUAUGGAUUCAAAUUGACUUCGUAUCUUAACUACAUUUCAUGCAUGAAAAUAAAAGUAUAAUUAGAUGCAUUUUCAUCCUCUGUUUUCAAUUCACGUGGCCAGGAACCACCUCAAAAUUUUUUCUCUGGGUGACCAGUAAUAUUUAAAUUUCACAUAUUUUGAGCAAACAAUAUUACUGAUAAAAAUAGCUGCUACAGUGAAAAUUUUAAACAUCAUGACAAAUUGGUGCUAGGGGUUUGUUGAGGCCUGGUUUUAUUCACAUGACAAUGUUUUGGCCAGAAGUUUGACUAUAAGAUCAUCCUCAUGUCUGAAUCACCUUCCGUAUGAGGAAGGAGAUGUGGUUUCACUCCUACAUCCUAUCUGUCUUCCAUUCCUAGACACUGUGGCCACUCAUGCAUAUUAGUAUAGUAUAACAUAUUAAAUUCUGUUUUAGUUAUAUGUCAGACUAAAGAGGCUUGCGUUUCUGAAAAGGGUAGGAGUUGCUAAUAUAAAUUCAUUACUAUAUAAUGACAAGAUGAAGAUGUUACCAACAAUGGUAAUGAUCAUUAGUCUGAAUUUUUACAAUCAAUAAUUAAAAUCAAUAUUAAUAACAAAAUACCAAAAUACACUUCUAAUUAAUUUAAUAUUGCAUGGCCUUAAGCAGUUCACUAAAUCAUGUGCAGUCUAUAUAUGAAUAUAUGAAAUAAUGUGUUUUCAAAGACCAGUACCUGAAAAGGUAAAUAAUAUAUAUGUAAAAUUGAUGAAUUAGGACUGAAUGCUUUAUAUAGAAAACUUCUAAAUAUAUAUUUGCACAACUGUUGCAACACUUACAGUUUUAUCAAAAGUUUACUGUCCUUUUUCACACUGUUUUAUUUGUACUAUUAUAUUUUUUAUACUUUCUUACGUAACUUUACUCAGUGAUGGAUGUAAUAUUAACCAUGAUUCAUGGUGAAUGUUUCACCUAACAAACUGAAAGUUUUUAAGGGAACAACUGAUGGUUAUUCAGCUGAUCAGGAAAUUACCUGUUACCAACAAACACUGACCUGAGCCACCCCAAUUCAGUUAUUCACAAACAGUCUCUACGAUUCACUUCAUUGUUAUAACCUCAUCUACACCUAGGUAUCAAAACAGGCUUCAUUCAGUGGUGUUUCCAACCAUCAUUCUGCUGCAUGGAUAUGUAUAUUAGGAAUUCUUAUAUAAAACAAAAAAUAAAAUUAAUAUAUGUGAAGGUCAUAUCCAUCUAUCUAUCCAACCAUAACCUAGCCGAAGUGGUACUCUCACUGAACAUAUGUAGAAAAGUCAUGUCAAUGGUACACAAACCACAGUUAUUACUCUUAAAUUCCUAAUAACAAUAUCAACGAGGCAAUCAUUACAAUCUUCAAAUGGGACCAACUCUAGCACCAUUCAAUGUAGAAAAGUAGGGUUGUUGCCUCGUAAAGGCAACUGAGAAAUGUUAUAAACUCUAGAGAAUAUAAUGCCUGUAUAGGUACAAUAAGCAAUCACCUUCCCCCUCAUGAUCUAAUUCACCUGUCACACACUCAUAAACAAAUAAAACUUGUUUCAAAUUCUGGGAGGAUAGAAUUAUCAUAUUAAACUUCAUGUUAUCAAUUUUCACAUUUGAAACUACAGAUCUUAAGUAAUGCUAACAAUUCAAUGUCAUUAAAUGGCUAUUAAGGGCUCUUGGAGUCCACAGUGUAUGCUUUAGGCAUUACUACAUAGCGCUUACAGUUUUAGAAAUUACAUGAUGGUAUUCUUGCUCUGAUGUCCGCUAUUUUAGAAAGAAGUAAAUACAGUUUAGAUUAGCAGUAAUGAAUUUGAUGCUAUCAAUCUUAUGUUCUGCAUAUAUUAGUGUUAAAAUUACUCUCUAUUAUCACGGAUUAAAAAUGAAAUGAAGAAAAUACACACAACUAAACCAUCAGCAUUGUAAAAUGCACAUAAAUUAAAUUGAAAUGAAGUCAUAUUUUACAUGCCAGGCUUCUAUCUUGAAAAACUGGAAGAGGUCUCUCUUAUAUGUAAUUUGUACAUGGCCAAUGAAUUGAAAAGUGUUAUGGAUGUAGAACAGUUAUCUUCCACAGUCUCCAUUACAUCAUGUGACAGUUUUGCAGAAUACAUCUCUAGGUAUUUUAACAAAGAAAAUUAUGUUAAAAUGACUCAAUAAUCUAAUAACAAUGGAUGCUGAUUAUGCCUAGUAUUAUUUAUGACCUUGUUUAUUAAAUUCAGAUCUGUACUUCACAUGUCAAUCAUUCUGUGGGUUACUAUUCACAAUGGAUCUAAGUUAUCACUAUCAUUCUAUCCAUUCAAAUGAAACAUUUCACAAGUUCCCAACAAUAUAAUUUUUGAAGCAUGUAUCUUCCUCUGUAACUCUCUCUUGAUGUCAACAAGAUCAGAAAGGUUUACUCUCUAGAGUACACUGAAAUUCCAGUGGUGUUCUUCAUGUCACAUCAAGAAGGUCACUGUAGCACUAAUGUGCAAUGUGAUCCCAGGCCAUUGGUGCAUGACACAGUCAUCCAACAAUUACCUUAGGCCACUGAUUACUGUGAUCCAAGGUCCCAUUGUUCUACAACAGUUUGAACACCCGGACCCCACUGUUGCAAGAAAUGAGGCAUAAGGUGUUUGUGCUGAGAGCAUGAAGAACACCUAAAACGUUAUGUACAAAAUUUUAUUUUCCUACAGUAUAAUAAUAGUAUCCAGAAUCUAGUUUUAGAUGAAUCUGUUCAUAAUAUAAUGCCGAUUAAGAUGAACAGCCAUUCUAAAUGCAAACAAACUAUUUAUCCUAUGAUUUUAUACAUGACUUGUCACUCUUUUUUUAAGAGGUUGAAUGUUCUACUGUUACCUAUAUUUAUACAUAUAUAACCAAAUUUUAAUUUAAACAACAUUUUCAUUGCCCACAUGCAUAUAGUAUUGCAUUAAUUUCCUAAUAAUAGACUUUAAAAUGUUCGUAUUCUAAGAACUCAGCUGAGAAAAUUUAGAAUAUGAAGUGAACUAUAAAUAUCUAUGUAAAAUUCCUAAUUUGUUAUUUAUCUGACAUAGCUAAUUGCAAUUUUAAAUUUCCUUCAGUCGGAAUAUGUAUAGCGCUCUGUUUUAUACAAUUAGGAUUUAAAAAAUCAUUCCAGUGUAUUAUUAAGUGUUCUAUUUCUUUCCUAUCUGUAUUUAUUGCAAAGUAUGUUUAACUUGUUUGAUGAAACUGUAUUUUAAUAACUUCAUAGAAACAAUGUAUUAAAAUAACCUUCCAAAUAUUUAUGUUAAUGUCAACCUGGACUCCCAAAUGGUCUCUGUAACGCAUUCAAACUAACCUUUGUAAGUAUCUUUAAUUUUUAAGUAUGUACUAUGUACUCCACCCACCUUAACAUAUUUGAUUUCACAAAAGUA